GGAUCAUCCAGAGGAUGUGGAACACAUUGCACAGGUCGUACGGGAAGGGGGUGUUGAGAUGCAAAAAUUAGCGUCAGUCAAGUCACCAUCGGACAAGAUGAGCGUUAUUUUGUCCUCCCACCGUGUAGUUGUCGGUGCGCAGACUUGAAUGCGGGACAAAAAAAAAAAGAGUUUGAUGCGAAGACCCAUUUCUCAGGAACGCUCACACUUUCUUUCGAAUCAUCAACUAUUUAUUUUAGAUGCACUCAACAGGGAGCCAGCUGUCCAAGUGCUUUUGGAAGAAAAAGAGGUAGCAGGAGAAUCAGUAAUCAACACUAAAAGACAAAGUGAAACAUUCGCAAACAACGCAGCUGAGCCGAGUUCUUCGUCCGGAGCAAUAACUGAUGCAGCGCCAGCAGAGGAACGACUCAGCUUACAGAAGGUUCCUAUGGACGAAGGGUACGAUAGACCUUCAUUACCUUCAAUGGAUGGUGACAAGGAGGAAGGUAGCGUUGCUGAAACUACUGAAGAGAGAGCUCUCGAAAGCAAUGUCAGCGAGUCCAAGGAUACAGUGCAAGAAGCGGAUAGCGACGAGAAGAAAUUGACAGCUACAGAUGUCAGCCCAGCAGAUGUGGCAUUACCGUUGAGUCCAGUUCCCAACGAGGCAGCUAUGCCGUCGAUUACCGUGCCAGAGAUAUCAGCGACGCCGCCCGUAGCAGAUGCAGCAUCAGGAACUACUAGUGGGACAGCUGCGAGUCCAUCUUCACAAUCGGUAUCGCCAAAGAAGCAGUACAGUGCAGACGUGCUGCUACCGCUAUUGAUCUUCAGCGUCGUGAAGAGCAAUCCGCCCAUGCUGAUCUCGAAUCUCAGAUAUAUUCAGAGAUUUAAAGUCCAAGAUCAUCUCACAGGGGAACUGGCAUAUUGUCUGACAAACAUGAUGGCUGUGGUAUCGUUCUUAGAGACACUAGAUCCUCAGGCACUCGGACUUUCAAACGAUAUCAGGGUCGUGAGUGAUAUGUCUGAUAUCCAGGCCACUCCAGGAAAGCCCCAGCCAGUGCCGCGCAUCAACCUCCAGGAUGGUAUUGACCAUACCAAAGCCCUCGGUCAUAAAGUCAGUCAAGAAAUUGUCGGGGCGGCCGAGGAGGGAAUCAAGGUUAUCUCGGACGUGGUGCAGGAUGGAUAUUCAAAAUUCUUUGGCCGCUUCCUUACCACAACAGACGGUACUUUGCCCUUUGGAAACAGCAAGGCCGGAGUCCUGAACCGCAGCACGAGAGCCAUGUCUGCGGCCUCUUCCUUAGCAGCCACCGCAGCGGCAUCUGCAGCGGCAGAGGAGGAGCGAAAGAGAAAGGCAAGCGAAGAGAAAAAUCGGGGGCUAGUGGGGCUGGUGAGCCCUGCAGGCGUGACGAGCAACGUAACGGUACUGAGCGUCGAUGGAACUGCUGGAGGAGCUGGUGUAGAAAAGACCAGCCCGCAUGAUAGCGCGAUGGAGGCAGCCGCCAGAGAGCGUGUCCUGGAGUAUAUGAGGAAUUCAGAGGGACCGCAACUGCAGUUCAUGGCCUGUACGGAUUCGGGUGAUCUUCGACUGAACGACAUCAAGAGUCUAUUGGACGACUAUCAGAGAAUAGGCAAGAUGCUGGAGGAGAUUAAGCGACUCGCCUAGGCCAUCAAUAAAGGGAAAAGAGGCUCAUUCAAGGUUAUACGGCUGUGGUUACACAAAGAUAUUAUUUGUGGUGCAUGAGAAAACACGUA